CCGAACCGGCUCUAACUGUUAUCGAGAGUGGCCAUCCCCAGAGCCCAUAUCGAUACUGAUUGCGAUCAAAUACCCUUGUACAGAUACGAAUAUUGCCCAUUCCUUGUGAUUUCUUCUGCAAGAAGAAGAAGAAGACGAGCUUUUGCCCUACCCUUUUCUCUUCGCUUUCUGUAUCGUCCGCCAUUUCUGGGUUCUCUAUUCUCUCGGUUCUGGUAAUCACUUCAAUUCAUCAACAACUCUACCUUGCAACGUCCUGUUGAAUAUUCCGUCCAACAUCAUGGUUUUCUACCUUUUGUUCUGAUUCAUCUGAUUGAACCAAAAUCAUCUCAUCCCAAGUUUGUUUCUAGGCUUAAAUUGUCGAUGUUUGUACGCAAGCGUGUUUGACUUAGCUAUGCCUAAGCUUAGACGCAAUUUCUCAUGAAAUAGAGCGGCUCUGGUUUGUGAAACCCUUCUUCUGCUCAAGCUUUGCUCGUGUUUUGUCCAUGGAAGCCGUUUCUCUCUCUCGCCACGGGGCUUCGCUCCCUCUUCAUGGCUAUGGUUACCAGGAGCUUGGGUUUUCCAGUGCUUCAUCUUCUCUGCCAAUUAAUUCGUCUAGGGGUCUUCGAUAUAGGUCCUCUCUACAUCAACAAGCAAAUUUGAGAAAUGCUGCUCAACGUUAUUGCUUCUCAUCCAUCGUCAGAAAAUGUGCUGGCGUCUCUUGGUGUUAUCUUACUCCGAACAAAAAUCUAUACAAUCCUUGGUACAACAAACUGCUUAGUGGAAAAAGAAACCCCCGGUACGUCCUUGUUAGGUCAGGAGUUGCAAAAAUGGGAACUCAUGAAGCUGGUUAUCCAUUAUCAGAAGUACCAUUGAGCUCAAAAGUCAGAGGAGCAUGCUUUUAUGCUACUACUGCAAUUACAGCUAUUUUUCUCUUUAUGCUUAUGCUGGUGGCACAUCCAAUUGUGUUAUUGAUGGAUAGAUACCGCAGAAGAAUUCAUUAUACAAUUGCUAAAAUGUGGGCAAGUUUGAGCAUCGCUCCAUUUUUUAGGAUCAAAUAUGAAGGGUUGGAGAAUUUGCCCUCUUCAAAUUCUCCUGCUGUGUACGUUUCCAACCAUCAGAGCUUUCUAGACAUAUAUACACUUCUUACCCUUGGCAGAAGCUUUAAGUUCAUUAGCAAGACUGCAAUAUUUCUCUUUCCAAUUAUUGGUUGGGCUAUGUUUAUGAUGGGUGUCAUUCCUUUGAAGCGCAUGGAUAGCAGAAGCCAAUUGGACUGUCUGAAGCAGUGCAUGGAGCUUAUAAGGAAGGGUGCAUCUGUAUUUUUCUUUCCUGAGGGAACACGUAGUAAAGAUGGAAAAUUAGGUGCUUUCAAGAAAGGAGCAUUCAGUGUUGCAGCAAAGACCAAAGUGCCCGUUGUACCCAUUACACUCAUGGGAACUGGUAGCAUUAUGCCACCGGGAUUUGAAGGGAUCUUGAAUAUGGGAUCCGUGAAAGUCGUUAUCCACAAGCCUGUCGUCGGAAUUGAUCCAGAAGCAUUGUGCAAUGAAGCUAGAAAUGUAAUUGCAGAUGCCCUGAGUAAACAAUGUUGAGGUCGUCUGUUGAAAGUGAUUUUUGAUUUCAUUACUCAGAUUUCAAUCACCUGAUGUGGAGUAUCUAUACUUUUUACGAGUUGAUGAACAAGCAAGCAGUAGUGGCUAUAGGUGGCUUGAUUGAUUAUUGGGAUUUGGGUUCAAGUUUGUAGAACGUUUUGGUGAGAAUGUAUAUCAAUGGAGGAAGUGAAGAGAUUUAAAGGCCUUAAAGGACCUGCACGAGUACUUUUUGGAUUGUACAAACGCAAAAGAAUUUUGAAUUUGGUUCGUAUUUUUGCAUCAUCAGAUGAAUGAAAAGAAAAAUCGUAAGUCUUUCGGAUUUGUAUCUUUUGGUCGUUGACCUGCACGACCCUGCAGAUUUUUUUGCGGUAUGGUAAUUGUAUAUUUUUUUUUAUGGGGUUUGGGUUGGCUUAGUAUUGGCAGUGGCCAAGCAAUUUUCUAAA